CAGUUUAUUGGCCCUGUGGCGUGUCACUCCUAUCUCCAUUCUGCAAAAACUGCACUGCCGUCAUCUAGCAUGGCAAGGAACGGUGCGUAGUCUGCAUGCUCUCAUUCGUAUGCCUAUAGUCAAAAACUAGAAUUCUAUUGAAACGUGCACAUGCUUAAUCGUUGGUCAUGCUGUCUGGAGCGAGUGGAAAGUCUCUCGUCGCUGACGUUACAUCCAAAUUUGCUGAAAAACCUUGGAACGAAACAUUCCAGCUUGUCCGACGGUGCAUGGGCAAGUUCAGAAUAGAUCCCACCUUUUCCAAACCUUUGAGUGGUUGUCUCCAGAGGCUGCAGGAAGCCCUGAAUGUGUCCUCGCUGAAUGCUAUGGUGUCCAGGUUGGAAGUAAUUGCCAAACAGAGAGGGCUAGGCUCACACCUGAGCCCCACAGAGACAGCCUGUUACCUCACAGCUGACCUGUUCUACUUGGAGGUGCUGCUCAAGCCUGAUGGUGGCGUGGAGGAUGUAAAAGUAGCCCUGCAUGGUGAAGCCCCAGUGUCCAACAAGUUACUGCUUCAGCUGUUGAGGCAGAAGUUGUUUGUGGACUUCUCCACAAAGCUGAAUGACCUGUCAUCCCUUUACAAUAUCCCUGGUGACAAUGAUAUAAAGGUUAAGGUAUGUACGGCCCUACAGUUCAUGGAGAAGGACUUGCUUACCAUAUCGCAUAUGCCCAGAUCUUUAAGAGAAAAUGAUGUCUACAUUGACACCGUUUUGAAUGGGAGAGUUGGAAAAAUCGUGCCAAGUGGACCAGGAACUUCUAUGAAGAUCCAGUAUGCCAUCAGUCCCUCCAACAGGCUCUUACAGAGACAUUGUGGGGAUAUAGAUGGACUCACUCAGGAUGCUUUUGUGAUGCUGGGGCCAAGCGAGAACACACACCGACUACAGCUGGCCUCUCUUAUUCCUUCUCCCCCACAGAUUGAUUCCCAAGGCUUCCCAUUGUUUAGUCCACUCAAAGAAGUAGCCUCUGAAUCUCUGCCUGCUACUUUCAUACUGAGGCUGCAGCCUGCUGUAGGCCUGCGCUCAUCUGUCAUUCACCAGAUGGAGAAAAUCACAGAUGUCAAACCUGAGGCUGACCAGCAGUGGGAGCCAUUGUUGCAGCUGCUGAUGAGAAGCACAUUAGGAGAGAAGGGCUUCCAGGAAUCAUGGAAUCCUGGCAAAGAGGCAAACUUUUUAGUGGCCCUCCCUGGUAAUCAGGUCCAUGGGUAUGUUCUGUCUGGACCUGCUUGGAGUGCAUCAUCAUGGAAAGGAGCCCUUAUUGACACCAUACCUUUCACCCAUCCUGCUCAUGUGCCUCUGCUUCUGGAGCUUCUCCGCCAUCAGUCAGCUCUCAAUAUUCUCUUGGCUAGCUGCAUCAAAGGUCAUCAACACUACCCAGAAGCAGCAUCAUCUGAUCUGUACUGUGAGGUUCUUCCAGAGUCUGACUCAAGCUUCUCCAUAAUGUUUCUUCUUCCUGGAACCAGCUCUCUGGCUGUUUUGUUUGUUACUGUAAUAGACAUCUGCCAAGUGCAUUGCCAGCUGUUUGCACCUAAGCUAAUGGAUGCUGGCAUGAAUGACUACAUCUCCAGGGUUAUGACGCGGUGCAUGUCAAUACCUAUAACCAUGCGGGCAAUAUACAAGAGCUUAAUCAAUCCUAUCUUCGCAACUGACCCUGAAAUCAGUACUUCUCCACAUGAGGUGAACACGACAGUCUCUGUUGUGGUGGACCACUCCCUGCCUCCAGCACCAGAUCUUCAUACUGGGUCAUCAAAAACGGAGAGUCCUGGGUCAUCAGAAAUGGUUGGCCAAACAGGAGAGCAUCUGGGACCAGUUCCCCCGAGUUCAAUCAAGGAGGAGGAUCCUGCCAUGUGUCCUUCUCCCUCUCCUUGUUAUGUCAUGGCUUUGUCUUCGAAUCAAGAAGAUUGCGUGCACAUUGACAUAAGUAGGACUCUUUAAGGCAGGAAGUAAAUUACAUUCUUGGUGUGCAUACCACCGAGACUGAACACUUGGCUGUAAAAGGACUGUGGGGCUUGGCAUUUGACCCCUUUGGAGACAGCCAGAAACGUCCACUGAUUAGUACCAUGCAAGCCAAAUGAGGACUGUAAAAAUCAGAGCCUGCUUCGACACAUGCAACUCUCCCAAGAAACUGUCCAAUUCUGAAAUUAAACAGUUACACAAGCAGUCUC